CGCUGUUGUUCGGAUGGGCCGCGCGCCCUGACCAUGUCCAACAUGACAACGUCACCGGAGGCCGUGAGGAAACUGCUGGAAAACAUGCAGAGCGACCUGAGGGCCCUGUCCCUGGAGAGCAGGAAGAGGUUCCCCCCCGUCAAGGAGGCUGCUGAAUCAGGAAUAGUAAAGGUUAAAACCAUCGCCGCUCGAAGCACAGACAUUCUGGCAGCCUUAAAAGAGAACAGCUCUGAAGUUGUCCAACCAUUGCUUAUGGGCUGUGGAACCAAGGAACCCAAGAUUACUCAGUUAUGCUUGUCAGCAAUUCAAAGGCUCAUGUCACAUGAAGUGGUUUCUGAGGCUGCUGCUGGGAAUAUCAUUAACAUGCUGUGGCAGCUGAUGGAAAAUGGGUUGGAGGAACUUAAGCUACUUCAAACAGUCCUCGUCCUUUUGACAACUAACACAGUGGUACAUGAUGAAUCCCUUUCUAAGGCAAUUGUCCUCUGCUUCCGGUUACACUUCACCAAAGACAAUAUCACUAACAACACAGCAGCAGCCACUGUGCGCCAAGUGGUUACAGUUGUCUUUGAGAGAUUGGUUGCUGAAGAUGAAAAGUAUAAAGAUGGUGGUGGACAGUCUGUUGUCAUUCAAGGAAAUAGCAAUAGAAGAAGCAUCAGUACACUGAGACCAUGUGCUAAAGAUGCAUACAUGCUUUUCCAGGACUUAUGCCAAUUGGUAAAUGCAGAUGCGCCAUACUGGUUGGUUGGGAUGACUGAAAUGACCCGAACUUUUGGAUUGGAACUUCUUGAGUCGGUUCUGAAUGACUUUCCACAAGUGUUUUUACAGCAUCAAGAGUUCAGCUUUCUUCUGAAGGAAAGGGUGUGUCCUUUAGUGAUCAAGCUAUUCUCUCCAAAUAUCAAAUUCAGACAGGGUACGAAUGCUCCAUCCUCCCCAACACCUGUUGAGAAACCAUAUUUUCCUAUCUGUAUGCGUCUGCUACGAGUGGUGUCUGUUUUAAUCAAGCACUUUUAUAGCCUUCUGGUAACGGAAUGUGAGAUUUUCCUGUCUUUGCUAGUGAAGUUUUUGGAUGGUGAUAAACCACAGUGGCUUAGAGCAGUUGCAGUCGAAUGUAUACACAGACUCUGCAUACAACCUCAGCUGCUACGAUCUUUCUGCCAGUCAUAUGAUAUGAAACAGCACUCAACCAAGGUCUUUAGAGAUAUUGUGAAUGCUCUGGGGUCUUUUAUACAAUCUCUUUUUAUUGCUCCAAGCACUGGAAACAAUCCAACUGCAAAUACACAGACUGGCACUAGUGGAGUUGGUGGUCCUGCUGCAACACAGAAUGGAUCAGGGAUGAAUGCGACAGUGGGAGUUACCGCACAACCAGCAUUUGAAUAUAGGGGCAUGUGGAUUCCAAUUCUAAACGUUUCUACUCAGGGCAUUGCUAAACCAGCCUACUUAGAAAUGCUAGAUAAAGUGGAGCCGCCUACCAUUCCAGAUGGUUAUCCCAUGUCUGUAGCAUUCAGUUGUCUUCUGGACCUGGUGAGAGGUAUUACUGCCAUGAUCGAAGCAGAAUUGGCACAGGAAGAAAUGGUCUCGCGGACUCGUGUUGAGAAGCAGGCCACGGAUACCCAGCCUUCAGAACAGAAACCCCAACUAUCACAAAAGUUUCCACAAAAUGAAAAAGAUCUUGUUCCUCGAGCUGUCUGGGAAGAAAUGGUUGGUGCCUGCUGGUGCGGUUUACUUGCUGCACUCUCCCUGUUGCUGGAUGCAAGCACUGAUGAAACUGCUACAGAAAACAUCUUAAAAGCAGAAAUGACGAUGGCUUCUCUCUGUGGCAAAUUAAGCCUUGUCACCCCAAGAGAUGCAUUCAUAACUGCCAUUUGCAAGGCUUCCCUGCCCCCGCAUUACGCAUUAACUGUUCUGAACAGUGCAUCUUCAAGUGGCUUUCAUAAAACUUACUCCAUUCAAGGUCAGAAUGUCCAGAUGAUUAGUCCAUCAAGUGAAUCACACCAGCAAGUCGUUGCAGUGGGUCAGCCGCUUACUGCUCAACCCCAAGGGACUGUUAUGUUGACUGCAAAGAAUAUUCAGUGCAUGCGAACAUUGCUGAAUUUAGCUCACUGUCACGGAGCAGUUCUUGGAACAUCAUGGCAACUUGUGUUGGCCACGCUACAGCAUGUUGUAUGGAUUUUGGGUCUGAAACCUGCAAGUGGGGGUGCUCUGAAACCAGGGAGAGCUGUAGAAGGUCCAAGCACAGUUUUAACUACCGCUGUCAUGACUGAUUUACCAGUGAUUUCAAAUAUACUUUCAAGGCUGUUUGAGAGCUCACAGUACCUUGAUGAUGUGUCACUCCAUCAUUUAAUAAAUGCCCUAUGCUCCCUAUCAACUGAAGCCAUGGAUAUGGCAUUUUGGAACAACAAGGAACCUUCGCUGUUUGCAGUUGCUAAAUUGCUUGAAACAGGGUUGGUGAACAUGCACCGAAUUGAGAUUCUUUGGAGACCUUUAACAGGGCACCUUCUGGAGAAGGUAUGCCAGCAUCCAAAUGCCAGGAUGAGGGAAUGGGGAGCAGAAGCUGUAACUGCUCUGAUAAAAGCUGGAUUAUCUUUUAAACAUGAUCCACCACUUUCCCAAAAUCAGAGACUGCAAUUGCUGCUGUUGAAUCCACUGAAGGAGCUGUCCAACAUUGUACACGCUGAUAUCCGACAGAAACAACUGGAGUGUGUGCUCCAGAUCCUACAGAAUGAAGGAGACAGCCUAGGACCCGGGUGGCCAUUGGUUCUGGGAGUAAUCGGUGCAAUCCGGAAUGAUCAAGGAGAAUCAUUGAUUCGCACAGCAUUUCAGUGCCUACAGUUAGUUGUGACUGAUUUUCUUCCCACCAUGCCAAGUACCUGCCUUCAAAUUGUUGUGGAUGUAGCAGGCAGCUUUGGACUUCAGAAUCAAGAGUUGAAUAUCAGUUUAACAUCAAUAGGGCUGUUGUGGAAUAUAUCAGACUAUUUCUUCCAAAGAGGUGAGACAAUUGAGAAGGAACUCAAUAAAGAAGAAGCCUUGCUGCAGAAACAGGCGGAAGAGAAGGGAGUGCCUCUUAAUCGGCCGUUUCACCCUUCUCCACCAUUCGACUGCCUCUGGCUGUGCCUUUACUCAAAGCUCGGAGAGUUGUGUGUGGAUACAAGGCCAGCGGUUCGCAAAAGUGCAGGGCAGACAUUAUUUUCUACAGUGGGCGCUCAUGGAACCUUGCUACACCAUGCUACCUGGCACACAGUCUUGUGGAAGGUUUUGUUUCCCCUGUUGGAUUGUGUUAGAGAAUCGUCCAGUACAGCAGACAAAGAGAAGAUCGAGUCUGGUGGAGGAAAUAUUCUUAUUCAUCAUUCAAGAGACACUGCUGAGAAACAGUGGGCAGAGACAUGGGUUUUGACAUUGGCCGGAGUGGCUAGAAUCUUCAAUACCAGAAGAUAUUUGCUGCAAUCAUUAGGAGACUUCUCCAAAGCUUGGGAUGUAUUAUUGGAUCAUAUCCAGUCAGCUGCACUCAGCAAGAACAGUGAGGUUUCACUGGCAGCUUUAAAGAGUUGCCAGGAAAUUUUGCAGAUUGUGACUCCUGUAAAAGAAUUUGACAAGCCAGAAGGGCUUUCUGGAGUUAACAUGCCUGUUUUUGUAGGGGCAUUAGUUCCUCCAGGGCCAGCUAGGGUCUUGCCUAGGACAGACUCAGUGGGAGAAAGGCUAGGAAGAUACAGUGGAACUGAACUGAAUCCAGCAGUAGAUGAGAUCGAGGAUUCUGCCCUGUGGUGGGCUGCGUGGAACACAUGGUACAAGAUAGGCUCAGAGAGCACAAAGCCACCUGCCUCCUGUGACAAGCUCUUCUUUAUUCCUAGUCAACCAUUUCUCACAGCCCUUGUCCAGAUCUUUCCAGCUCUAUACCAGCACAUCAAGUCCGGCUUCAGUAUGGAGGAUCUGAAGAAGUUGGGUGUGAUACUGCACGGUGCUGUGUCAGUCCCAAUCAGUUCUGAUGCCUCUCCGUUUAUUCUUCCAUCCUACACCGAAGCAGUACUAACUAGCCUACAAGAAGCAGUGCUGAUUGCUUUAGAUGUCCUACAGAAGGAACGAGCGGAUACAGAAAACGUUUUUCCCCCUGUGGGGUUGGUCCCAUUAAGAGGCUUCUACUGUACAAGGAGGGGAAUGAGCGAUGGAGCAACAGCAAUUUGUGUGGGACCUGAGGACAUGCAGACCAUGUACCCGGCAAUCUUUGACCAGUUACUCUCCUUUGUUGAAUUCUCUUGCAAGGCACCCACAUAUGGCAAAUUAGAAACAAAAAAUAUAGCAAAUGCAAAGUUCAAUCAGAUUCAACUAUUUGCACCGGCGGAGUGGGUAGCAUUGAAUUAUGUACCAUUUGCUGAGAAAUCGUUGGAAGUUGUUGUUGAUUUGUACCAAAAGACCGCAUGCCACAAAGCAGUGGUAAAUGAAAAAGUUCUUCAAAAAAUCAUUAAGACGUUGCGGAUACCACUGAGCCUGAAGUAUGCCUGUCCCUCUGAGACAACGUGGAAAAUGGCUGUUUCCUCGCUUCUUAAAGUACUUUCUAUAGGACUUCCAGUUGCCAGGCAGCAUGCUUCCUCCGGAAAAUUUGAUACCAUGUGGCCAGAACUAGCCAACUCGUUUGAAGACUUCUUGUUUACAAAAAGCACACCACCAGAUAAUCUGUCCAUUCAAGAAUUUGAGAAAAAUGAGAAUAUUGAUGUCGAGGUGGUGCAACUUAUUAGUACAGAUAUAUUGCCAUAUGCAAAUUUUAUUCCAAAAGACUUUGUUGGGCAAAUAAUGACCAUGCUAAACAAGGGUUCGAUCCAUUCUCAGUCAACAUCGUUUACAGAAGCAGAAAUCGACAUUCGAAUGAGAGAGGAAUUUUCCAAAGUCUGCUUUGAAACGCUACUUCAGUUUUCCUUCAGUAACAAAGUGACAACUCCCCAGGAAGGGUAUAUUUCCCGAAUGGCGUUGUCUGUGCUAUUAAAGAGGUCACAAGAUGUAUUGCAUCGAUAUAUUGAAGAUGAAAGACUGAGUGGUAGAUGCCCUCUCCCAAGGCAACGAGUAACGGAAAUAGUUUUUGUACUGAAAGCAAUCAGUACUCUUAUGGACUCCCUUAACAAAACCAAGCCUGAAAAUGUUGACACCAACACCUGGUCGCAGGUAAUUGCUUUGUAUCCAACACUGGUUGAAUGCAUUACCUGUACGUCCUCUGAAGUUUGCUCUGCUUUGAAAGAGGCAUUAGUUCCAUUUAAAGAUUUCCUUCAGCCACCAGUAGCCAAAGUGCAAAAUGGAGAUUCCUGACAAAUAUGAGACUGUCACAUCAAAUACAAUACCGCAUAGCGUGGAAUCACACAGUUUACUUGCCAGAGCACAAAUAAACAAGGGUCUGGGGCAUUACUGAAUGUAAAGACCUACAAGUGCCGACUGGAACAAGUAACAAUCAAGGGCCUUGCUGGAAGCUUCUUAAUGAGAAGAGUUGGGUUUGUUAAAAACGUAUUUGAUUAAAAUUAAAUUACAAACUUGUAUAGUGCCCCUGCCAUUUUUUUUAGUGAAACUUGACCAGCGGGUGCAUUUUAGUUAAUCAACCUUACAUCUGAUGCAGUGAUAUGAAAAGUGUUUGCGGGGAGGGGGGAGGAAUAUGUACAGGUUGUGUUAAAGAUGUUGCUGGUGUAAUUAAAAAUAUAUAUAUUACAACAUCCAAUAUUUGAGAAAUGAGCUGGUGUUUUGUGCACUUUUAAGGUACGAAUGUAGUGCACAGAGAAAUUAAAUACAAGAGAGUACCAUAACAUUCCAUGUCAUCUGUGACCAGCCUUUGUAAGGAAAGGGAAAUUAUGUACUUGUGUGUAAAAUAAAUUGUCCACUUCUGUUUCAGAGUGGGACCUUUUUGUGUGAUACCUUGGUGUUUCAACACAUUGAUGUUAAAUAGGCUUGUUAGUAUUCGGUUUCUUCAAGCAGUUUUUCUUUCAAUUCCGCCUCCUCCCUCUCAUAUCAGUUAUGAUUUCUGCCAUUAUUAUCUGAACUGAUUUUUUUAAAAUGUGUUUAUUGGAAAAUGCUUGGCACUGGACUAUGUUGUGCUCUCGGUUUAGUAUUGUUAUAUACAAUAUGGCGGGGUGGGGGGGAAUUUUGAAGCAUUUAAUAAAAUUUGAUGUGAUCCCAUUUAA